AUGCGUCGUUUUGGACAGUUCUACCAUUAUUGGCUGCACAAAGCUCCAUUGGUGACCAAAGUGUUGACGGCUGCUACUCUUUCGGGGGUAGGAGAUCGACUUGCACAGCAUAUCGAAGCAACCGAUGUCCCGGCCACCAAUUUAAAGCGUCAACCCAGUCACCUUGAAAAAGAGGAGGGGAUUGUAAGUCCCAGCACAGCUAGGACGUUGCGGAUGGUGGUAUGGGGUGGACUUUUCACGGCUCCCAUCAUGCACACGUGGUUUCAUAUCAUUGAUCGCGUGAUCCCUGGUGUGGGAAAACUCGUGGUGGCCAAGAAGGUUGCAGCAGACAUGGUGAUCGUUGCCCCCGCCAUGAAUCUGGGCUUUUUCAUUGUGACCAAGACCAUGGAGGGCGCACGACUUAGUGACGCCGUCGAUUUUGCCACAGCCAACUUGACACCGACAUUAGUAAUGAGUUACAAGGUGUGGCCCGUGGCCAACCUUAUGGUCUUCAGUUUGGUGCCAUUACAGUAUCGUACUCCUUUCGUCAACUGUGUCAGUUUGGGAUGGUCAACGUUCUUGUCCAUCGUAGCCAACAAGAAGAGCAAGAAUUCGCAGGAUGUAGAAGAUGUCGUGAAAGAUCAGCUUGCCAACAACUGA